AUGCAAAUUGAGAUUCUCACACCACCGCUCUUGUUCAAGGAGCCCUUCGAUCACAACACGGAGGUGAUUCUAGUCGAAGGGAUUAAGAUUUUGAAGCCAGCUUUGCUUCUCAAUGCAAAAUGUGGCUCAAUUACUGGUCGAUCUACGGAGGACAAGAGGAAGACUGACUAUUUUGAUAUUAACUUUCUCCUCAAAUUCUACGCUCAGAACCCAGAAUACCUUCCAAGGGCUGACGAAGUUCCAAGAGUGACAAAGCAGCUCGUUGACGUUCUUGUUCGUCUUUAUGGAGGUGAAGAUGCAUGGGUUCGAGCUGGGUAUGACUUGCGGACAGGGCGUUUCAACAGAAACUAAACUAAUCCAGCAAGUGAUGGGUUUUGCCAAUACGUACGAACUGUGGAGGAAUCAUGCAUCGGUUACUAUAGGGUGCAUUGACAAAC